GAAAAGAGCGCACAAUUUGCUGUGUGCGUUGCGUAAUCACUUUCAAUCAUACUUACCAUGCGGUAUUAUUUUGUGAAAAUUUCAAUUGAAACUUUUUGGCUUUAAAGCAUAUAAAACUGACAUGUGUUUAUAUUAAUGUUAUGUGGAAUGUUGAAUAGAUGACUGCCUUCUCGGAUAUAGAAUAAUAAGUUCAAGUGAUCGCCGCAUGUCACGAUUCGUAUGUAUACUCUGAAGUGUAUUCUACUGACAAAAUCAUCAAAUCACAGAUACUUAAUAAAAAAUCACAGCGCAUGUUCGAAACACGAAUAUUAGUUAUAGAUCACCGUAAUAUCAGUUGGUAAUAUCUUUACAUUAAUGGCAUAUCAUUUACCGUAAUUAUCUUAGCUUUGGACCGUUUUUUACUGAUGAACGUAGUCAAAAAAUAUCCUUGACAAUCUCAGUCUGGUCAUUAAUUGUGGGGACCACAAAAUCUUGCUUGUAUGCUAUCACAAAAAGUUGUUGAUCUCUCAAUAUGGAAUCUGUCGAUGUUCACUGUUCUGCCUUGUGCAUAGCCAAAAAUCGGCACCUGUCACUUGCUACAUCUACAAAUGUUUCAAAUCCGUUUCGUUUUGUAGUUAUUGCUGACCCACAACUUGGUUUACUUGAACAGUAUGUGGAAAAACGUCCACGACCCCACCACUGGGAUAGAGAAGUAAAGCUUGUAAGUAGGGCAGUAAAUAUUAUAAAUCGUCUCUGUCCAAAGCCAGCAUUUGUUGUUAUUUGUGGGGAUCUUGUUAACGAUCAACCCGGUGGUCCUGAUAGAUGUAAACAAACAUCUGAUUUGCUGAAUGUGCUGUCUCAUCUCAACAGUGAUAUUCCUCUUAUUGUGCUUCCAGGGAACCAUGAUGUUGGAGAUUGUCCUGAUGCGAGUAGCGUACAAGACUAUACUAGUGUGUGGGGUGAUGAUUACUUUACUUUCAUAUUCAACCGCACAAGAUUCAUUGUACUUAAUACUCAAUACCUAAUGAACAAUUCAAAAUGCGCAUCUUCGGCCGAUGAAUUCCGUCAGUGGUUCAAUGACCAACUCUCUGCAAAAAAUGAAGAUUUUGACAUGUCAGUUGUAUUCCAGCAUGUUCCAUUUUUCUUAGAAGAUAUAAAUGAAUCAGAUCAUUAUUUCAAUGUACCAAAAGAUUAUCGUAAAGAAUUUGUCAAUCAACUUUAUCAACAUAAAAUUUAUUAUGCUUUCUCUGGCCACUUGCAUAAAAACAACAUAGCCAUUUUCAAUCCAUCAAUAAGAAUCGAUCAAAAUAACCAUAGCACCAACACCAACGCCAACAACAACAGCAGCACCAGUACUGAACAAUCAUUUUCAAUGAUCAGUUCAUCAUCUGUUUGUGUUCAAUUAGGUAAUGAUCAACCAGGAAUUCGUCUUGUUCAAAUCAAUCACAAUAAUAAUAAUGAUAUUCCUGAUCAAAAAGAUUGUUUAAAACAUGCCUAUUGGACAUUGGAUGAAUUGGAGGAAAUUUUAAAUUCGAAUAAACAACCUCAAAUGUAAUAGUACUUAGACAUUAGAUGAUUAUUGCACAACCUUUUUUUUCUUCCGCCCUAUCAAUGUGUAAUUUCAUGAUAUUUUGGUUUUUAUGUCAAAUGUUGAUAAUGUUGGGAGAAGUGCAUUUGUUUUUUAAAAAAAAAUAUAAAAAAUCAAAGGACUUUAAUAAAAAUUGUUUGUUGUUUCUUGAUUUUUCCCUCAUCUGUUAAUCAUAUGUGUUUAUGUUUGUGAUUUAAAUUUUCUAAGGUUUAUUUUCAUUUUAUUAUUGUGUUAUUUAACUUUUUUUCACUCAUGGUUCAUUAUUAUUAUUAUUAUUAUUAU